GAGUGUUUGGAGGUUAUAUGCGGUUGGCGAUUUGUGUCCGCAAAAACUGUUCCUGAAAAUGGUUCGUGAAAGUAACGAGGACCUGUUUGGACCAAGAAAGAUGACAAAGAAAUCCAUCGUCGAUUCUUGCAAGAAAAAUAAAUUAUACAUAACGCCUCAUCUGAAUGACAUUCUGUAUUUGCACUACUCCGGAUACCACGCUAUAGAAUCGCUUGAAGAGUAUGUUGGUCUCAAGUGCCUCUGGUUGGAAUGCAACGCUAUUUCGGCAAUUAGUGGUUUGGAGAAGCAAACCGAGCUGAAGUGUUUGUAUUUACAGAACAACUUGAUCACGAAAAUUGAAAACCUAGAUAAUUGCAAAAAGCUGGAUACGCUCAACUUAUCUCACAACCAUAUUAAUAAGAUUGAAAACUGUGGGCAUGAAAUACUUCCUGUCCUUAAUACGUUGAACAUAUCACACAACUACCUAAAAACUGCGGACAGCUUGGAUCAGCUUCGUUACUGUUAUUACAUAUCGGUUUUGGAUAUUUCGCAUAAUCGAAUUGAAGAUAUUGCUGUUGUAAAGAUAUUAGGUGACAUGAAAGAGCUACGCGUACUUACCUUAACCGGGAACCCAGUGGUUAAUGAAAUCCCCUCCUACAGAAAAACUUUGAUUCUUGAAUGCAAAACUCUCACCUAUUUGGACUCACGGCCAGUUUUUGAUCGUGACCGAGCAUGUGCAGAAGCAUGGAAACGAGGUGGUUAUGACGCAGAACGCAAGGAAUUUCAGCGAUGGAAAAAAGAAGAACAGAGGAAAACACGUCGCAAUAUAAAUGCCACUCUUCGGAUGCGUCAUCGUGGAGGUGGAGAACCGGAGCUGCUGAAAACAAGCAGCGACGAGGAGGAAGAGGCAGAGACGCCUUCCAAGAGGGACAAAGAUACCGAACAUUUGCUAGAGAUCAACCAAAAAACCAACGAGCAAGCGUGGAACGAAGUUGAGCGACUAUUUUGCAAAACACCUAGUGCUACUGGUUCAAUGGAAAUUUUUCAACGAUUUGCACCCGACAGAAAGAAGCUACCGGAAGGCGAGGAAUUGGCGAGUGAAACGGAGAAUGAGGAUCAAGCGGAGGAACAACCUUCUGCCGUUGCAUGUUACCAACCUGGUAAAAAGUUGAUUGAAGAGAUUCCGUCUGAGGAUGAAGAGCCUGUUGUUGAUAAAGUAUCUGAGCAAUUAGUGAGCGACGUUCAAGAAGAUGCUGAAUGGUCGUCUAUCACCAGGGAGAGCAAACAUCCUUUGGAAAUAUUAAAACCACUUCGUUCUUUGAUCGAAGAAGCUCCCUCUGAGGAUUUGCCUAUUUCUCAAUACGGUUAUACAGAUGAUGUUGUCGAAGAUUAUCAAGAAAAACAACAACCGGUAGUUUCUUCGAAUCUCGCAAAAGUGGAAAAAACCGAGCAAGAUGACGAUACAUUGAAUGUAGUGAUUGAGAGCAAUGCCGAUAUUUGCAUCACAAUGGAAUCUAAAGAGGGGGAACUCAUCAGUCGUGUUGAAUCACAAUCCCCUAUUGUAGAUGAUACAAAAUGCUCGAUCGCCAAAAGUGAUAAGUACGAUGUAACAGAAACGGAUUUAAAUAUUGAAAAAAAGAAGAUUACCUACGACGAUGUUGAAAGUAGAAGCAUUUCCUCUGUGUCUUCUGAUUUAGACUCAGACUCGGAGGAAAAGGAUAUGUUUGACAAAAUUGUUCCGAAAAAGCAUCGUAAGCUUGCCAUGAACUACAAACCAAGUUUCAGUAGUUCCUGCUCGGAAGAUUCCGAUCAAGAUGAGUCGGUCGAAAAGUUCCCGGAAAGUUUGAAGCGCGAAAAAUCGAUUGCCGAUUAUAUUGAUGAGUACAAGGAAUUUUUCCAAUCGGUCAAUACAGGGGACUCUAAACCAGAUACGAAAAAAACUCGCAAUGAAGUAAUACGUCCACACACAGCAAAGACUGUGCGUACACAUCCUGUGGUUUACGACGGAGUUUUUAAAGCAAUGGAACGUAACUCCAAUGAAGCGAAAAUUGCUCAAGCUAGAAUGGAAGCCACCACUUCGAAGCAGGAACUUAUAGAUCGUUUGCUGGAGCAGCAAAAGUCAGUCGAUAUGGACGUGCAACAGCAGAAGAUUUCUAUUGGAGGAAAAGAAUAUAAUUUCAACGAGUACAGAUUGGAAAAAUUCCGAAAGGAUCAAGAUAAAUUACAGAACUUAAUCGACCGGGUAAAUGCACAGAAAGAUCGCUACAAUGCCCACAUUGACCAGAUUCAUUGUCAGUUGGAGAACAUAAUGGAGGAGUAUGGGCAAAUCAGUGAAAAGGUUAAGAAAGUUGACGAUUUCAUUCAAAGUGUUAGUUCAGAAACUGUUCCGUCUCAAAACAAUUUUGAAAAACUUAAGCCUUCUGAAGUUGAGACAGUUGUUGAAGACACUGAGCAAGAAAACUGCUCUACCAUCGAAAAUGUAGCCCAACAACUCAUUGAGAAAAUAAUAAGUGAUUGCAAAACUGAUUCAGCAGAAGAUUCAAAUCAAUCCAUCGAUGAAUCAUCGAGUACCACCUUGGAAGAUUCUACAGAUGCGGAACAGGCAGAGCUCAUUCAACCAGACCGUAACCUCUUGGAGCUUCUAUCAUCUCCCAAGCCUGCUCCUUCGCGGAAGCUUGAACUAAGUUCUCCUGGUGCUGCGAACGAACUCACUCAAGAUCCAGUUUGUCAAAAGUUGAUCAAAAUUCAACAACUCAAUGAGAAAAUAACUGACUCAAACCAGAACAUCGAUGAAUCGGCGAGUUUCACCUCGGAAGAUUCCACAGAUGUGGAAAAAGCUGAGCUUAUUCAACCGGAUCAUAACCUAUUGGAGCUUCUCACAUCUCCCAAACCUGUUCCAUUCCUGGAACCUGAGCUUGCCGCUCCUGGUGCUGCGAAUGAGUUCACUCGGGAUCCGAUCUAUCAGAAGUUUAUCGAAAUUCAACAGGAUAUAGAUCAGCUCACAGAGGACGAACUGUACAACAUCGUAACGGACGCAGCAGGUGAACUGACAGAUGAUCCAUCCAUUUCACAGUGUCUGAACCGAGAAGUGGAUCAGUACUGGAAGUGCUAUGAUGAUGUCGAAGAUUUUCGGAGGAAUGUGAAUCUGGACGACCACCCAAUUAUUCAGAAGUUUCGCCAAUUUAUACGUUGCCAUCGGGAGGAACAAGACGACUGCGAGACCGCGGCCGAAACGGUUGCCAACCUUGACAAAGUUCGUCGCAAGUUGGAGCGUCGUUUGUCGAAUCAAUUGUUCGAUGAAUAUUUGGUGCUGAGUCGUAAGCAGAGCAUUGCCACUCUCGGUGGUGAAUCGAGUGCAAAUGAAAUUGAGUUGAUUGAGGUGGAGGAGAAUGUUCUUGGCUGCCCUGGUGAGCCGUUGGAGAAAACAACAGCGUGGGAUGAGACAAAAACUGAUGAAGUUGGGGAGGUCGAUAAUAAGAUGGUUACUCAUGAUAAAGAACAAGCUAAGAAAAUUGAAGAACAAGAGGAUGCGGAGUCUAAACCGGCUCAUUUGGAGCCUGUAGACAAGCAUCACAAUGAGAACAAUAACUUAAAGAUUUUCGCAGCUAAACCCGUAGAAAACUGUGAUGUUAAGAUUGACAAUUUGCAAUAAUUUUUCUCUGUUUUAAGU